AUGACUGAAAGUGAUGCUAACACCACCAAUCAACAAGAAACUGUAACAAGCACAACAGUUGAUGCUUCAAACCCCUUUUAUCUUCAUCCCUCUGAUUCUCCUGGUAUGCAGUUGGUAAACACUCUUUUUGAUGGAAAAAAUUAUGCGGGUUGGAGCAGGGGAAUAGUGACUGCAUUAUCAGCCAAAAACAAACAGGGUUUGAUUGAUGGAACUUUUGUUCAACCUGGACCCUCUUCUGAUCAGUACAAGCUUUGGUCAAGAUGCAAUGACAUGGUUAUCUCUUGGAUUCUCAACUCACUUUCCAAAGAAAUUGUUAAAUUUGUCUUGUAUUCAAAGACUGCAAAAGAGAUCUGGAAGGAAUUAUCAACCAAGUUUGGUCAAUGCAAUGGAGCACAAUUAUAUCAGCUUCAAAAGGAACUAAGUGAUGUUGUGCAGGAUCCAGUGACAUUAUUGGACAUUUCACAAAGGUAA